CGUCAAAACCAAAACCAAACCAAAACAAAAAGAUAGAGAGGAUAGAGGCUGUUUAGGUUUGUUGACGUUACAGUGGGCUGAAAUGACAGUCAAAACCAGUAUGAGGGCUCAACAGAGUGAAAGCUCCGAUGAGGAAAGCUUAGUCCACGUGUUUGUUCAACAGAUGCUUGUCACAAGGAUAUUUGCUGCGACUUACACUGGCAGGAACUACGUACACCCACUGAAAGAUUACAGGGACAUGGUCCAAGUUAAUGAGGAAGAGAAAGAUCUUAUUAGAGAUUUAGAAAUAGUAAAGAAGAGGAUCAACAGUGUGUACAAAGGAGCGAUGUGGGCAGCGAUCACAGGGCCUGACGAUUCAGACUCAGACGCGACAGCUGGAGUCUGUGUUUGGACGAGACUACAGGAAGUUGCGUUCGGCAGCUACUGGUUCAUGAUCCAACAAGUUAGCUUCUCUGCCCUCGGAGAACUUGUGUUGAAUCUCAAAGUUGUCAGAAAGUACGAACCAGAAACCAUCAGCACACCAAAUAUUUUAGAUAGCUCCAUGGACUGGGAAGAAAUCAAGACGAAUCUCCUGAUAAAUUUAAAAGUUUGGGGAGCAUUUUUACUACAAGGCAUUCAAGAACUGGUGACUAUGCAUAAUAUUAAAGAAACUUUCAGGUUUUUGUUUCUUUUAGCAAUGACUCUAGGAACCGGUCUGAUGAACGGGUUACAAUUCCUGGGUGAUUAUUCUAUCAAAUUCUUCAGAGAGUUCAACAACUUUAUUAGAGUAAUGACACCCAUCUUCCUCGCACUGAUUGAUAUGUUGUCCAAGACGAUAGGAGGGUUUUACUUGUUGAUCGUAAUGUUGUGGAGGGGGGGCCAGCAAGGUCCGCCGCCUCAGUUCCCAGCUCUGAUGGCAGCCUCGCAACGGAACUUUCACACUGGUUACCAAAAGCGACCUCCCCCUCCUGGUUACCGGAGGUACCAUGAUUAUUAAUUUGUUCCACUAUUUUUUAUUAUAGACACUUAUUAGGUUUCUUACCUUAAAUUUAAAUAGGCAUUAAACCUUUGAGCCCCAGUGAUUAUAUAUAGUUUUAUAUGCCUAUUUUUGUAACGCCUGUCCCUUUAAUUAUGAGCAAAAUAUUCUAAAUUCUAUUAGAACGAGUUUUAAGUGGCCACAUAAAAUUAAGAAAAAAACAUUUAGUUGUGAUGUGCUUUCAAAGAAUCCUCCCGUCAAGACACUCCACUCAACUUCCACCUAACCCAUCCACCAUUUUAGGUGGGCCUCCUAGGCUUGUGAAGUGAAACAGAUUUUACCCAUUUUAGAUAAUUUAUUAUGUUUGCUUAGAUAGUUGUAAGCAAAAGUUAGUUUCUAUUUCCCAAAAUAGCUAUUACUCUCUAGGGACUCAAAGGUUUAAUAAAAUAUAUUUAAAACACUGUUAAAUAAUUUUUAUUGUUGUUUUUUUUUAUUGAAAUAUUUUAUUUAUAUUUUGAGAAUAUUGAAUCUAUCUUUUAAUUUUGUUGACUGUAGUAUAGCCUACACGUUUUUAAGGUAGCCAACUGCAACCUACCUUAAGAAAACUAUAUAGUCUUUGUUGAUUUUCUUCAAAACAACUAUGAAAUAAAACGUAAACAUUCGCUACUUAAUGUCAGUAUUUUAUGCAUUUUUUCAGUUUUAAAAACUGAUCUACUUACUCUAUGUCAAUACUUGACGUGUGUCAAAAAUAAAUAUUGAAGGUUUUAUAUUUUUAAAUAAAUGAGGUGCUUGUAUUUUUC